AUGUGUGCAAAAUGUGUCGAAGCAAAUUUCUUUCGACUCCCCCCCUCUCUUUCUCGAUUCUAUGUGUUUGUAUAUAUGCGUGCGCCCGCCUCUGCAUAUUAUAUAACAUUUUAUCUAUCUAUCUAUCUAUCUAUCUAUCUAUCUAUCUAUCUAUCUCUGUAUCAACUUGUAGUAUCUCUUUCUUCUUUAAGCCGUUUUCUUCUAUCGUCGCAUAGAUAUGGCGGUCUGCAUUGGGACAGUUCAUUUCAUAACAUGAGUUUUUCCAAUUUUCGUUCACUGUUUCUUUUUUCAUUCUGUUUUCUUAAUUUCAUUUUUCAUUCCUUAUUCUUUGUUUUAACAUCUUUCUUUCUUUCUUUCUUUCUUUCUUUCUUUCUUUCUUUCUUUCUUUCUUUCUUCAAUUCUUUCUGCCUAUUCCUAUCAGUAUUUUUAUACUUUUGUUCUUUUCUUUUCAUUCUUUCUUUCAUUCUCUCGUAUUCAGAUAUUCAGGACAAUUUAUAUCCACUUUCUUUCUUUUUUUCCUUCCUUUGUUUCUUCUUUUCUUUAUUUCUCUCUUUCGUUCUUUUUUUCAUUCCAAUCCUUGUCAACGACCUUUCUUCCUUUCUUUCUUUCUUUCUUUCUUUCUUUCUUUCUUUCUUUCUUUCUUUCUUUCUUUUUUUCUUUCUUUCUUUCUUUUUGAAUUUUCAUUUUGUCAUAUUUUUUAUUCAUUCUAAAGCCAAUUCGUGUCAACGCCCUUUCUUUCUUUCUUUGUUUCUUUGUUUCUUUCUUUUUUCUUUCUUUCUUUCUUUCUUUUUGAAUUUUCAUUUUCUCAUAUUUUUUAUUCAUUCUAAAGCCAAUUCGUGUCAACGCCCUUUCUUUCUUUCUUUUUUCUUUGUUUCUUUCUUUUUUCUUUCUUUCUUUCUUUCUUUGUUUCUUUCUUUGUUUCUUUCUUUAUUUCUUUAUUUAUUUAUUUCUCCAUCUCUAGCUCUCAUUGUUAAUCCAUAUUUCUUUAUUCCUUUCUUUCAUUAUUUCUUUCCAUUUACUUUCAUUGUUAUAUUUCUUACUAUUUUACUAAUUAUUUUUUUUUCUGUUUAUGUUUAA